AUGUCGUCGUCAAACAAGUACCGCAGCUCACACCACUAUCAUUCGCAGUCGGUGUCAUCCAUCCUAGACAGGCACGAUAGCACCAGCCCCGGCGCAGGACUCCAACGACGACCGACCACCACCUCGUCAUACGCAUCCACUGGUAGCGCCGGCCGACGAGUACCACGCGACAACGGGACGAGAUCGAGCGAUGGGACUGUGAGUACCAUGAUGAGCACCACAUCAAGUACCGGAAGAGAAUCAGCAGCAACAACGGCCAUGACCGAGGGUCCGGCAUACUCCAAGAAGGUGGUAGUGGUGGGCGAUGGCGGUUGCGGGAAGACAUGUCUUUUGAUCAGCUAUAGUCAGGGAUACUUUCCAGAGAAAUAUGUCCCAACUGUCUUCGAAAACUACAUCACCUACCCGACGCAUCCACCGACCGGUAAGACCGUCGAGCUCGCUCUAUGGGAUACCGCCGGCCAAGAGGAAUACGACCGCUUGCGACCGCUUUCAUACCCAGAAACCGAUCUCAUUUUCGUCUGCUUCGCCAUUGACUGCCCCAACUCUCUUGAGAAUGUCAUGGACAAGUGGUACCCCGAGGUCCUCCACUUCUGCCCGUACACCCCUCUCAUUCUCGUCGGCCUCAAGUCCGAUCUCCGCCACAAGAAGACGUGCAUCGACAUGCUCAAGACACAAGGUCUCACCCCCGUCACCACCGAACAAGGUCUCGCCGUCGCCAAGAAGAUGGGCGCCCAGUACAUGGAGUGCUCGUCAAAGGAGAUGAAGGGUGUCGAAGAGAUUUUCGAGCAGGCCAUCCUCACAGUCGUUGCCAACGACAGGAAAACGCUGGAACAGGAAGCCGCGAGCGGCAUGCUGGGUGUUGGCACGGGGUCGAGCGGAAAGGGCAGCGGAAUCUCGUUCAGCAGCGGUGAUAAGGCCAGUGGCGGGAUAGGGCCCGUCAAGGCGGCGGGCGUGGGCGGCACGGUUGUUCCGAUUGUGAAGAAGAAGAAGAGAAAGUGCGGUAUGAUGUGA